GUCUCCGACACAAAAGAAGCUGUCUGGUAGCGAAGAGGUGCAGUCGAGAUUAUUACAAUUACGCUCGUCAAAAUUAAAACGGGUCGCCCUCUGCAUGACCGCAUGCCAGCCUCACCCCGGUCACGCCCCCCUAUAAAUCAAGCCUCCCGCCAAGCCCUCGACACUUCCUCCUCUUCAUCCAACUUGCAUCCGCCAGCCGCUCUCUACACAUUAUGCAUAUUCAUUUACCGUCUUCGUCAUCCACGGCGUCCACUGCCUCAUCUGCACCUACACAAUCAGCUCCAUCUCAUGAGUUGAAAAAGGCACCUUCGAUGCAUUUCAACGGCGUCAAGAAGCUCGUUACCCGAGCCAGACACCGUAUAACUUCUUUAGGGCAUCACCAGCACCAGACACAACCGUCUACGAGCAGUUUAGCCCUCGGCAUCUCCUCCGCCACUGCUGCAGCCGCCGUCCCCUUCGCUAUACCUGUACCAGCUUCAUCUAGGGCGAAGCAUGGCGACGAUCAUAGUUCAGUUCAUUCGGAUACCCCGUCUGAAUACUCCUCAUCGAGGACUGCAGAAACUCCUGCUACAAGCAUUCACGAGAACGAGGCGCACGCCGUUGAACGGCGGCAAAUAGAGAAUGGACCUAUUGAGGAGGGUGCUGUGGAAUCAGAACCCCAGCGGAAGUCGAAGGAACUCCCCGCUCAACCAGAGGAUUCUCCAGAAACACCUACUCUUGCCACUUCCCGUCCUGAAGAAUCGAAUCCUGCCGUUGCUGAAGCCGACUCAGACGUCUCAGCCUCGUCUGUCCAGCCGUCCUCGGUGGUCGAACCAGUUGCUGUGCCUUUGCCCGAGUCGCCUGCGCUUGGUCCCGAGGAGGUACCCUCGCCUGAGGCACUGCCUGAAUUGAUCAUAUCGGCACCUCAGGAUGUUCCUCUUCCUCCUUUCGAUGAAGCUGAGCUUUUGACGUCUCCAGAGGUGCCUCCAACAGAGCCAGUAGUUGAGGCACACGAGGUUGCUGAGGAGCCUCAUGUCGAACCGUCUGUGCUCGUAGUUCCCCCGGAUGUAGCCGCGGUGCCUCCAUUGGUACCGUCUAUCACGCCGGUUCAUGUUCUCCCUACAAUUGAAGAGAUGGUCACCAGUACUGUAGAAGUACCUGAGGAAGUACCUGAGGAAGUACAGGAACAGAGGCGCGCGGAGGAGGUUCCUCUUCCGCUAGAGGAUGAAGCCAUUGCUUUGACCGAACCCCCGACUGAGGAGGUUGAGUCGCCAUCUCUUCCCUCCGAAUCCCCUGCAGUGCCCGUGCUUCCUACUGAAGAGGUCAUCUCCCCUCCACCUAUCAUCGACGGCCUUACAGCGCCCUCAGAUGAAGUCACUACCGUUCCCUCACCCAUUCUUUCUCCAACCCUCCCUCCUGUUCCACCCGUAUCUGCCGCAACCACUCCCCCAACUACCUCCGACGCAGAACUCGAGUCAGUCUCGGACACAGAGUCGUACCGCUCGUCUAUCGUCUCUCUGGAGGCCAUGGAGACAAAGAAAUUCCUCCCGGAACCAGAACCAUUCAUCCCCAGCCUCAUCCUCCCGUCGAUGUUUCACCCUCCUUCUUCCGUUCGAAUUUCGCUUUCUCUUUACCCUUCUCCAUUGACUUGGUAUCUAAAAAGGACUGUCGUGUAACAUCAUAAGAUAAGACAUACCUUUUAUCCUUAAAGACGUCAAGCGUUAGGUUUGAUCGUAUUUCUUGAUCCCCCACCCUCCUCUCGCAUUGAUAUUGUUUCCUAAUGACUGUAUGCAUAGAACCGUAAACGCAUGCGCUCGGGAUUGUAUUCUUGUUCCUGUACUAUAAUCUUCCCGACGAUUGACUGUAUUCAUUUUGUUUAUAUAUCAUUAAUUUAUCUUUCUCGAAAGAUAUGAAAGCUGGCACCUUUUGAGUUUGAAAUUGUAAGACGACAUGACAGCUACAUUCAGAACGAUAGGCCCCUCCAAAAAAAUCAUUCAGUCGCUU